CAGAAGUGCGCGCCCACCUUGGCCACCGAGAGUUCCGGGAUCCUGGAGGGGCCGGAAGUGGGUCUUGUUCUCGCUUCCGGCUCGGCCAUUGUUUUCCCUCCUGCAGGCCACGGGUGCUUCCCGCAUGCAGGGGUCGCUGCGACUGGACACGGGUGACACCCCCAUUGCCCUCUGUCCCCAACUCUGAAAACAGCUCCUGAGACCUGAAUUACAGAGCAUCAUUUUAACUGGACAAACUGCAGCUGAAACAAGCUUUUCUUGGAGGUCACAAUGACCACCCAAGGCAGGGGGACUUUAGGCCUCCUCCCUAAUGGUGCUGUUCUCCAGAAACACGAGGGACGCCAGACCAUGAAGCAGGAGCCAGGGAGCCAGACCUGGGGUCAGGGCUGUAGUCUCCAAAAGAACCACCCUCCUGUCUGUGAAAUUUUCCGGCUACACUUCAGGCAGUUAUGUUACCAUGAGAUGUCUGGGCCACAGGAGGCACUGAGCCGGCUCCGGGAGCUCUGCCAGUGGUGGCUGAUGCCAGAGGUACACACCAAGGAGCAGAUCCUGGAGCUGCUGGUGCUGGAGCAGUUCCUGAGCAUCUUGCCUGGGGAGUUACGGACCUGGGUGCAGCUGCAUCACCCUGAGAGUGGCGAGGAGGCUGUGGCUGUGGUGGAGGAUUUUCAGAGACACAUAGGAGAGGUUUCAGCUCCUGUACAGGAACAGAAAAUGCAUUUGGAGGAUAUGACAGCCCUGGGUACAACAGAGGAAUCUCUUCCUACCUCAUCCUUCAGUGAGAGUUCAGGCUCUGGCGCCUGCCUGGAGCCUCCUCAUGACCCAGGGAUACACCUCCUCUGCACUGGGCACUCUGCUCAGUGUGCUUCUCAGGUGCCUGCCCUUUUCCAAGCUGGGAAGUCAGGAGAUCAGGCAGCAGCAACUGUGCUUCAGAUGGUCGGGCCCCAGGGAUCUGCAGCGUACCAGUUCCUUUCUGUGGACUAUACUGAGAGGAAGUGGAAAGGUCCGGCCCUCAGUCAGAGAGCUGUGUUCCGGAGCAUCAUGCCGGAAAACUAUUGCAGUGUGGUCUCAAUGGCAGGUGAGACUAGGAUGCAGCAUUCAGAGUGUCCUGCAAAACAGGAAGUUUCUAAAGAACCAGGGUCACCUGGUGAGACAUCUGGAGGCCUCUGUGGAAUAGUUUCUGAGGAACUAGAGGCAGGAGCUGCCUGUGAAGGUACUUUAGAAAAGCUGGAAGGGCAACCCUCAGAGGAAGAAGGAAGCAGACUGGAAAAUGAUUUCUUCAAAAUAACACAUGAAGAUAAAGAUAAAUCCACAAAGGAUGGAUGUGAUGAAUAUAAUGAACUUGGGAAACAUCCAGAUCUAUCCUCUAGUGCUGUUGAAUGUCAAGGAGUUCUGAAGGGACAGAAAUUUUAUCAAUGUGAUGAAUGUGGUAAAGCUUUCAAUCGAAGUUCACACCUCACUGGGCAUCAGAGAAUCCACACUGGAGAGAAACCCUAUGAGUGUAAUGAAUGUGGUAAGACCUUCAGGCAGACCUCUCAACUCAUAGUUCACCUCAGAACCCACACAGGGGAAAAGCCCUAUGAGUGCAAUGAGUGUGGAAAUACUUACCGACACAGCUCCCAUCUUAUUCAACACCAGAGACUCCAUAAUGGUGAGAAACCAUAUAAGUGUAAUGAAUGUGCAAAAGCCUUCACUCAGAGUUCCCAACUGAUUGACCACCAGAGAACCCAUACUGGGGAGAAACCUUAUGAAUGCACUGAGUGUGGUGAGGCCUUCAUUCGUAGUAAAAGUCUUGUCCGACAUCAGGUAGUUCACACUGGUAAAAAACCUUACAGGUGUAGUGAGUGUGGGAAAGCUUUCUGUUCUAAUAGAAAUCUUGUUGAUCAUCAGAGGAUCCAUACUGGGGAAAAACCUUAUGAGUGUAAUGAAUGUGGCAAAGCUUUCAGUCGGAGUAAAUGUCUUAUUCGACAUCAGAGCCUCCACACUGGGCAAAAACCAUACAAAUGUAGUGAUUGUGGGAAAGCUUUCAAUCAGAACUCUCAGCUUGUUGACCAUGAAAGAAUUCAUACUGGAGAAAAACCUUUUGAAUGUAAUGAGUGUGGUAAGGCAUUCAGUCUCAGUAAAUGUCUUAUUCGACAUCAGAGACUUCACACAGGUGAAAAGCCCUAUAAAUGCAAUGAGUGUGGAAAAUCCUUCAACCAAAACUCACACCUUAUUAUUCACCAGAGAAUUCACACUGGUGAGAAGCCUUAUGAAUGUAAUGAGUGUGGGAAGGUCUUCAGUUACAGCUCCAGUCUCAUGGUACAUCAGAGAACCCAUACAGGGGAAAAACCCUAUAAAUGUAGUAAUUGUGGGAAAGCUUUUAGUGAUAGCUCGCAGCUCAUUGUGCACCAGAGGGUUCACACAGGAGAGAAGCCUUAUGAAUGUAUUGAGUGUGGGAAAGCCUUCAGUCAGCGUUCCACUUUUAAUCACCACCAGCGAACUCACAUUGGAGAGAAGCACUCAGGUCUGGCUCACUCAGUUUCUUAAGAUGAUUUUCUAAGGAAUUAAUUAAGCUUUUUUUGUUUUUGUUUUUUAAAGAUGUCUCUCUUAAAACUGCUCAUCAAAAUGUACUAAUCCUUACAUGCUUCCUGGUGAGUCAUGAAGGUGGGAGGGUGGGAGUCACAGUGUAAUCAUUUUCUGCCAUUAGGGGGAAGUAAGGACUACACAUUUCAUGUACUUGUUUAUUCAUUCAUUCAUUCUUUCUUUUGAACUGUUGAAAAAAAUCAAACUCAUUUUUCAGUUCUGCAUCCUAUAAUCAGAUUUUGUGCUUUUCAAGGACAGAGAUUAUAUGCUUCUUAUUCUACUCCACCUCCUAAGUUUUACCACUUACAUAGAUCAUAUUGCAAGAUGGAUUCAUUCUUUCCUUUCUCUUGGCUAAGGCUCUCCCUAUAUAGUUUAUAAACUUCCAUUAUAAUUCAGGCCCUUAUCACUUGUGUUCCCUACAUAUAAAACCUUUUUUUUUCCUCUUGACUAAUUUAUGUCCCUUAGAUUCUUCCAGAGCCCUCUCAUUUCUGAAAGAACUUCUUAAAAUGCUUUUUCUUCCCUCUUAAACUUCUAUUCAUUUGACCUCAGUGCUUCCAAUUAGUUGGUGCUGCAACGUGCAACUGUUGUUAAAUUAUCUUGCCGGUUAUUCUGAACUUAACGUGUAUUUGUAUACUUUCAUAUCAACUUAUUGUAGGCUAUUUAAGGCUAGGUGUGGUAUCUGUUCUUUAGCAUAUAGAUAAUUUUCAUAGUAGUUGUUUAAUAAAUUUUUUAAACUCUGCUCUAAAUUGCACCAUCUUUAAGUUGGGUGUGAGAUCCCCUUCCCCACCCUAAUCAGAUUAGAGGCUUCUAAAGAUGGAAGUGGGGCAGUGCCUGGGUGGCACAAUGGGUUAAAGCCUCUGCCUUGGGCUCAGGUCAUGAUCCCAGGGUCCUGGGAUCGAGCCCUGUAUCAGGCUCUCUGCUCAGUGGGGAGCCUGCUUCCCUUCCUCUCUGCCUGCCUCUCUGCCCACUUGUGAUCUCUGUCAAAUAAAUAAAUAAAAUAUUUUAAAAAUAAAAAUAAAAGAUGGAAGUGCUAUCUCAUUGUAGGAUAUCACAUACGGGGUCCUCAUUGAUAUUUUCUAUGUGUAUUCAUGGACGUCUCACCACUGUUACUUCAUUGUUGGUUUUUGAUAGAUACUCUAUUGUGUUUAGGAAGUUUUUUUCUAUUUCUGUUAUUUAUUUAUUUGUUUUUUUAAGUAGGCUCCAUGCAUAUGUGGGGCAUGAACUCAUGACCUCAGGAUCGAGAGUUGCAUGCUCUAUCAACUGAGCCAACCAGAUGCCUCUCUUUCUGUUUUUAGAAAAAGGAAGAUAGUACAGUAAUUAAAAAGACUGAUUUUGUGCCUAGUGUCCUAAUUCAAAUCCUGGCUUCUCCACGUUUCUAGGUGUGUAGCCCUAGGCAAGUUACUUAGCUUCCUUGUGUGUCAGUUCUUCCAUCUGUAAAGUAAAGCUAUGUUAGGAUAAAAUCAGUUAAUCAGUGUUAGGAAUUUAGAACAGUACUUGUCACUUAGUACCCAUUAUAGGAAUUAUUACUAUUCUUAGAGUUGCAAGUUCUAUAUCAUUGUUUAAAAAGUCUGUUGGUAUAAUUUUAUGGGUCAUGUUCUUUAUUUUUGUAAAUUGUUUUUUUUUUUUUUUAACUUUAUAAAUGAUUGAAAUUACUUUGAAGUCCUGGAAUAAAAUUCAUUUGUUUGUGGUGACUUUUUUUUUUUAAAGUAGAGGACUAGGUUGAAUUUACUGAGGUUUUCCUGGCUUUUCAAAAUGUAUUUGGAGUUUAUUUUUCUUUUAUUUUCUGAAGGAGUUUGCAUAAUGUGGGAUUUACUCAUUGAAGGCUGAAAGUAGUAGUUAGAUCCUUUUUUUGGGAAGAAGGAAUUGGGAGAGAUGUAUCCUUAGCAACAUUUUUAUUUCUUCUUCUUCAAUGGUUGUACUCUAGGUUUCUCUCUCUGUAAAUUUUGGUAAUAUAUAUCUAGAAGUCCUUUUUUACUGGAUUGUCAAACAGUGGCAUAAAGGACUCCACUUUAUUUUUAAAAAUCAGACUGAAUUUAUGUCCAGGAACUUGUUCAAGUGGUCAAAUAUGAUGGUAAAGGUGCUAGGAGCUGGACGCUUGCCCUUUUACCUCUUAUAUGCACAGAAAGAAAAUAUUCCAUACCUAUACUGUACAUCCCCAACUCUAAUUAUUCAGCUUUUUAAAAAAUUUAUUUAUUUUCAGCAUAACAGUAUUCAUUGUUUUUGUACCACACCCAGUGCUCCAUGCAAUCCAUGCCCUCUAUAAUACCCACCACCUGGUUCCCCCAACCUCCCACCC